AUGGUCCGAUUAUCCCUUGCCUGCCGCGCCGGGAGCCAUUUCAGGACUAAAAGCUCCUCUCCCACCCCCUCCGCCGAACGCAGUCCUUCCAUCACAUCCUCUCGACCUGACGUCAAGCCGUUGAUCCUAAAGGCAACUGUCUUAGCCGGGAGGAAUCUAGCUCCCAAAGAUAAAAAUGGAUUGAGUGAUCCCUACUUGGUUGUAUGUCUGGGCGAUGCCAGACAGUCAACCCCAAUGAUAAACAAAACAUUGAAUCCGGAAUGGAACGUCUCAUUCGACUUGCCCAUCAUCGGUGUACCGCUGCUCGAGUGCACUUGCUGGGAUAAAGAUAGAUUUGGCAAGGAUUACAUGGGAGAGUUUGAUAUUGCUCUAGAAGAUAUAUUUUCUGCUGGACAAAUCCAGCCGCAGCCGCAAUGGUAUACGCUGCGCUUCGGGAGGAAAGCGGGGAAAAAGAGAAGCGAUGUAUCUGGCGAAAUCCAGAUGCAAUUUACUCUCAUUGACCCGUCAAACCCGACUGCAACGCCGGAGGGUAUCUAUCGGAAAUUCAAGGCCAUCGUAUCUAGCGAUGAUGAGGACGAGGUUGUCCCUGUUUCGGGUGACACGGAUGACUUUGAGAAGGACGACGAGACUUCAGACGAAACAGAUGACCCUAUGAAACCUGAAGUGGUCGAGAAGCGCCGCCGAAGGCUGCGAAUUGCCCGCUUGAGACGCAAGUCAAUGGCCGCCAAAGCAUAUGAGUUCUCUGGCUCCAAAGACGGCGUUUCCGGUAUUGUAUUUAUGGAAAUAGUGAAAAUCAUGGAUUUGCCUCCAGAGUCGAAUAUGACACGCACCUCAUUCGACAUGGACCCCUUCGUCGUCACAUCCUUGGGCAAGAAAACACUGAGAACCCGUGUUAUUCGCCACAACCUAAACCCCGUUUUCGAGGAGAAAAUGGUCUUCCAGGUGAUGAAGCAUGAACAGUCAUACUGUAUUUACUUUACGGUCAUUGACUGGGAUAAGCUGUCCGGGAACGACUUUGUUGCAUCCGCAAAUUUCCCUUUACAGACACUUGUAUUAGCCGCACCGGUUGCGGAUCCAGAGACAGGACUCUACAAGCUCCCUGAACCAUCUGAACCUUCGCCUUCGCCUACGCCGCCUGCCUCUAAAUCGCGUUUUCGGCUAAACCUCUCGCGUUCUUCGUCAGCUUCAAGUUUGCAGAAGCUGGCAAAGCCAGUACUGAGAUCCAAAAGCUCAGCAACAUCGCUGUCAAAUCAGUCCCAACAAGAGCAACAACAAGGCUCUCCUACCCGUAGCAACGUCCCCUCCGAGAACUCUUCUCAACUAAAUGUUCCAGGCACAGCAAAUUUGGUAGAAGAGCCCGGAGUGCCGGUGGAUGAGUAUGGCCUCAAAACUUAUGUUAUCCCGCUUGCCUUGAAAAAUAAGGAACGGUGGGAGGACAAGCAUUUCCCUGAACUCCAUGUGAAAGCGAAGUAUAUGCCUUAUGCAGCAUUGCGCCAGCAGUUUUGGAGAGCAAUGCUUAAGCAAUAUGACGCUGAUGAUACUGCCCGAAUUAACAAAGUUGAAUUAACCACAAUGCUGGAUACACUAGGCGGCUUGCGCCACGUCAUUCGCCUGGGGGAAGCCCCAGGGAGUGAGAAUCAUUCGGGUAAUGAAGAUAUUGUACCUGAAAUUAGCCUUUCCCUGCCUUCCAAUGCUGACCCCGAAUGGCCAGUUGUGCCCACUAUUACACGUCAUGAGCCCUCAUCUUCAGGAGACAGCGAAGACAGUCUCCAUCCGGAUGACCUAGCCGACGACAGAGGUGAAGAACACGUAGUCGAAGUUCGACAGUGCCCUAUUUGUCAUCAGCCGCGACUAGGAAAGCGGUCGGAUGCCGAUAUUAUUACCCAUAUUGCGACCUGCGUCAGCCAGGAUUGGAGACAGGUUGGUAACUUGGUUAUGGGUGGCUUCGUAACUUCUAGCCAGGCACAGAGGAAAUGGUAUUCCAAGGUUAUUACGAAGAUCUCCUACGGUGGUUAUAAGCUUGGUGCAAACUCUGCCAAUAUCUUGGUUCAAGACCGUAUCACCGGACAGAUUAACGAGGAGAGGAUGAGUGUACAUGUAAGACUUGGUAUCCGAUUGCUGUACAAAGGCUUGAAGAGCAGGGAAAUGGAAACGAAACGAAUUCGCAAAAUGCUCAAGUCGUUGAGUAUCAAACAAGGAAAGAAGUUUGAUGACCCUGCGUCCGCAGCGCAAAUCGUACCAUUUAUCAACUUCCACCAGCUGGACAUGUCCGAAGUGCUACUUCCACUCAGUGAAUUUAAGACAUUCAACGAGUUUUUUUACCGCGCUUUGAAACCAGGUGCCCGUCCAGUCUCUGCGCCGAAUAAUCCUAAAAUCGUCGUAUCGCCGGCCGACUGCCGGUCUGUAGUCUUCGACCGUAUCGACGAAGCAACCAAGAUCUGGGUUAAGGGGAGGGAGUUCUCUGUUGAAAGACUGCUGGGUAAGGCGUACCCGGAAGAGGCGAAGCGGUACAAGAAUGGCGCAUUGGGGAUCUUCAGGUUGGCUCCGCAGGAUUACCAUCGUUUCCACUUCCCUGUGGAUGGUGUGAUGGGGACACCCAAGACUAUCGAAGGGGAAUACUAUACUGUUAACCCCAUGGCUAUCCGGUCUGCACUGGAUGUGUACGGGGAGAACGUAAGGAUAGUUGUUCCUGUCGAUUCCGUCGAGCAUGGUCGUGUUAUGAUCAUUUGUGUUGGGGCGAUGAUGGUUGGGAGCACUGUCAUUACGCGACAGGCUGGAGAGAAGGUGGCGCGUGGAGAAGAGUUGGGAUAUUUUAAAUUUGGUGGCAGUACUCUGUUGGUUUUGUUUGAGCCGGGGAGGAUGUGCUAUGACUCGGAUCUUGUGGGUAAUUCCUUGGGUGCGUUGGAGACUUUGGUUCGUGUUGGCAUGUCGAUUGGUCACCACCCUGACGCCGCAGAAUAUACUCCUGACAUGCGCAAGAGUGAGGAAAACAUUACUCAACAUGAUCGGGAAGAGGCGAUGCGCAGGAUCGAAGGGAGUUUGAACUCCCCCACCCCCGGACAACCCAUGCGCCCUGUGCCCCUACUUAGCUGA